GCUUUUGCGAUUAUCUCGGGUCAUAAUAUUCUCAUCUUUCAAAUCACACCGCAGAAAUAUAUUACCUAUCCUUCAAAGUUUAUCUUUUUGUCAAGACUAGGCAUUAGAACAUCACAUCGAGCACCCAUCCAUACCUACUUCAAGCUUUAAGCUCUCGCUAUUCAUUCUAUCUCCAUGAUAAUAUAUCUCAAUAAGCGAAGUUAAUUGGUAGACCUUCCAGCAGUUAUGCAACCACGCAAUCGUCUCUAUAUCGAGCAAAGAAUACGUAUGAAAGAAAGUGUACAGAUCAGUUAAUACAAGAAGAUUUAUUUCAUCAAGAUUAUCAGUCCCAAAUACAAUGCCUGAAGUAAGUUGCUUAAGUUAUUCAGAUUUUUGCAGAUCCUAAGAAUGACAACGAUAUCACAGACCGAACAAACAAUCAACGGAGAUUACAAAUAUAUCUCUGGUAAUCACACUUUUAAGGCAGUCAACUAUUGUAGGUUUAUAUCAUGGAUGGAAGGAGGUGGCAAAAUAAUCAUAAGGGGCGUGAACACGAUAACAAGAAAGAUAUUGACAAAUUCAAAUGAAGCGAAUAUAACGCUCGAUGCCUGGGACGAGAUAGAGGUAGAAAAUACAAAUUUUAGAUUGGCAAGAGCUAGCAACGAUUGAGAUCACUAAGAACUCAAGAACAAAUCCACAAGAAAUUUGUUUCCCAUCAAAGAAUUCAACAUUAUUGCCACCUUACA